AAAGCGCACAAAAUGGUUGCGCUCCAGGUCCGGGCGAAUAAGUAGGUUUACUAUAGCUUUAAGAACGCGAAAAUAGUGUCUGCUUCUUUAAAAUGAUAUCGGUUUAUUGCUGAAUAGAUAAUUAAGAAAAGUUUUAAAUUUCUAAUCAACAAAUAUAUGCAUUUAAUUUGCGACGAACCCAACGCAAUCACAGAAAAUGUCCCACUGUUGGAUAAAGGCCGCUUGCAAUCAAAACGUCUUUUAACCAGAUGCAGCCCGUUUUUCCUCAAAUUGCGCGUAAACCUGCAUGACUUGAAGCGGAAUUUGAGGUAACUGUUAGGCUGAAGUGUCCUCACGGUGAUGGAACCGGCCGGCGACCGAACCGGGGAUGUUAAUAAAGGCGAAGAACCGGCGGAGGACAAGGCCGCGGAGCAGACCCCGACCACCAGUACGACCGUUACCCCGCGGAGGGGGCUCAGGGAGCGGGGGGCGGGCCGCCCGAGGUCCGGCGUCUCCGCUUCAUUAACAGACGUUAACGGGGCAGCGUCGAGCCCGCAGAGCUCAGGACGGGUUUUAAGAGACAGGUCAACGAGGGCAGUGCCGGCCUGGUUGAAGGACACCAAGAGCGACGACGACGAGGACGAACCGAGUCCGGAUACCGGUGCGACCAAGCGGAGGAAAGUUUGUAACUCGAGGCGGAAGAAAAAUUCGGAAUCAGCGGGUUCGGCUGAGGCUGGAGGGGGGGUCGCAGGUGACAGCCUUCAAGGCACAGACUCAGAGGACUCCAAGAAACCAGACACAGAUGCACAAGCUCUUCCCUCCAGACGCCCCCCAGCCCAGCCUCGUGCCAAGCCCCCAUCUGGCAGGGCUGUCCGCGGCUCUGCCAAGCCUGUGUGUAAGACCGAACCUGGAAUGGAGAACCCAGCUGCAGUGGAAGGAGAAUUAAACAUUAAAGAGAAGUAUGAAAUUAAAAAGAAAGAGAAGGAAAGCAAGGAUGUGCCUGAGCCAGUCUUGGAUGAUGAAGACGCUACUUUUCAGGAUGACCCCAACGACCGCAACUACCAGCCGCAGAGUCAGAGUGACGCAGAGGAAGAAGAGGGCCUCAGCACUGAUGAAGAUGUUCCUUUCAGAGAUGACCUAAAUGAUCAGAGCUACGACCCAAAGGCUGAACGGGAUGUCCCUAAACCAAAGCGCAGAGCUCCUCUGCGACAGAAGGAGAAGAAGGAGAAAGAGAAAGAGAAGGCACCUAAAAAAGAGAAAGAGGUUGCUGAGAUAAAGGUGGAAGGUUCGGACAACUUGGAUAGUGUGGAGGAGGAAGUGAAGCUAGAGGAGGAAACGGUGGAGGACCCGGAUGGACCCAGGAAGAGAGGCCGGCGGAAAAAAGAUGACAAAACACCCCGGCUGCCAAAGAGAAGGAAGAAGCCUCCAGUGCAGUACGUGCGCUGUGAAAUGGAAGGGUGUGGGACUGUCCUGGCUCAUCCUCGCUACUUACAGCACCAUAUAAAGUAUCAGCACUUGCUCAAGAAGAAGUAUGUUUGUCCUCACCCGUCUUGUGGGAGGCUUUUCCGCCUACAGAAGCAGCUGCUGCGACAUGCGAAGCACCACACAGAUCAAAGGGACUACAUCUGUGAGUUCUGUGCUCGUGCCUUCAAGAGUUCCCAUAACCUGGCUGUGCACCGCAUGAUUCACACGGGAGAGAAGCCCCUACAGUGUGAAAUCUGUGGCUUUACGUGUCGUCAGAAAGCGUCUCUCAACUGGCACAUGAAGAAGCACGAUGCUGAUGCCACUUAUCAGUUCUCCUGCUCCAUAUGUGGCAAGAAGUUUGAGAAGAAGGACUGUGUGGUGGCCCAUAAGGCCAAGAGUCACCCUGAGGUGCUAAUCGCCGAGGCGUUGGCAGCCAAUGCUGGCGCCCUCAUCACAACCCCUGCCUCCCUGCUGGAGCUGCCAGGAAACCCCAUGCAAGCAGAGGUCACCGGCAUGGACGUGAGCCAAAUAGGGCAGGACGGGCAGGGAGACCAGAUGAGCCAGGAAGGGCAAGUUGGGCAGCAAGUGGCUCAGGUGUCCCAGAUGGGUCAUGUGGCCCAACAAGUGAGUCACCAGGUGGUUUUACUGGGACAAGACCAGAGCCUUCAUACCAUGCAGGUGCCAGUGACGAUUGCCCUGUCCCCCAUCGACCCCCCUUCGCCGGCUGACAACCAGCAGCAGACUCACCUUCAGCUCCAGAUGCCCGUCCAGUUUGUGCAGGCCGCUCAGCAGCCACAGCAGCCCCAAAUGCAACAGCUGACCCUCCAUUCUAGCCCAGUGGUGACCCAGCAUCAACCCCAGCUCCAGCCUCUUCAGUCGUACUCCUCCCAGCAGAACCAGGGGCAGACACAAAUCCUCCAAAUGACCUUCCAGCCUCAGACCCACAUUCAGCAGAUCCCCCUUCUAGCGACUUCUCAGCAGCUUCAGACCAUGCAGGGAGCCGCCCCGAGCCCCCCUCUCCUCUCCCCAUCCCAUCCCCAGUCCCAGGAUCCAGCCUCGACCAACGGGGACAGCUUUAUUCUGGACAAUCCGGUGCUCUCAUCUUCCUCUCAGUCAGUCAGCUCCCUUCAGCAGACAGAAGCUGUGGGGGAGGACGGGGUGGUCUGGGAGCAGACGGGACAAGCCGAAGUUCUGUCGGACGGAACUGAUAGACAUGUGCAGCAAGCCCUCAUGUAAAACAAGGAUGAUGCACACAAAACACAAGAUAGAGGCAGACAAUAUAUCAGUGACAUGAUAUACUGUAUUGCAAUGUUUGAGGUAAAUGUAGGAUCACCAAUAUAUUAUGUACUGUUCACUCAUAGUCUUUGGUAGCUUUUUAGAAUAUCUGUAUCAGGGAAAGAUGUGUCUGUGUCUGUAUGUGUAAGUUGUUGCCUUUGUACAUAACAGUCUUGUAAACUUAACUAGCCUUUUAUGUGAGUGUGUGUGUAUUGAUGCUGAGGUCAUGCUGCAAAGCUGUUGCUAUUAUGCAAUAAUAUAGCAAACCUCUUAGUAAUAUACAGCACAUCAAAUGUCUAGUGUGUGGCACCAAGGUUCCUACUGGAAUAAAUCAACUAUUUAUAUUAUGAAUUAACACAAAACACACAUUAGAAAGCUGUAAACAGACCCCAGUAUGUACGGGGUGAGUAAAGUCUGUUUAAAUGAAUAGGCAGCUAUUUUUUCAUUUAUUGUCCAGAUCUACUGUAAAACCUUUAUUUGGCAAGGUUAAAAGAUAUAACAGAAAACAAUCUAGUCUCACAAAGAGAAACAUUUCAAAACGUGGAAAGGCACAGGCCAAAAAGAUGUUUGACAGGCCGGUGAAAAAGUCACUAAAUGUGCGUAUUUUAGUAAAGUUGGCAGUGUCAUUUGACCUGUUUCAAUGACAUCUGCGCAGCUGUGCUAAUGUUGUUAGACCCUGAAGGUAUAAUAACCUCUGUAAUGCUUGUACUUAUCAUGAAAAGCCUCAGUCAUUCUAGACAGCCCAAAGGUAACCUUGGACAUUGUAAAUCACAUACGAACCCGUACGAUGACAGUAAAGCACAGUCACUGAAUUUGUCAAACUCAAAUUUGUCUAUAACCUUUUGAAAUGUAACAUAAUUAAUAAGCAAAGCUAUGUAAAACCUUGGAAGACAUGUCAAUACUAAAUCUGCACCUCUCUGAUUUGUGAUUUAGGAUGUGGUAGAGCAAACACAAAAACUGUUCAUUUAUAUGAUGUAAAUAAA